GCCUCAACGGGCAGGGAGUUAUAGCCUUUCCAGGCACACUUUCUUCCUCUCUGACACUUCUACCCUCCCCUUACUCACUAUAUUCCUCUGUAUUCUCCCUCUUUCUCCUCAUCUAGAACUAGGGCAGGACACGACUUCCUGCACCAGCACACACAGAGGUCAAAGUCCCAUCAGCAGCAGACUGACUCUCCCUACCAGUCCUCACCACCCUCUUUUGCUCUCAUUCCCCUUCUCUCCGGUGUGGAUUAGGGGGAAAGCCAGGUGGUGGAUGAAGUGAUGACGACUGGCGUGCUGAACCCGAGUCACUACCCUGCCCGCCGAGCAGCCACGGUGGUCCAACACUACCUGAACACCCGCUACGGCUCACCCUACAGGUGGAUCUUUCUCAGCACAGUACACAGCGGCAGCGCAGAGGAUGUGGCGGAGAUGGGGAGGAAGUAUCAACUGGAGCUUACCAUGCAGGAGAUAAUCAGUAACGUCUCGGGACGGUGCUCUGCGGAGCUCCUCUUUCCAGGGGGAGAGGGGCAGAGUGCUCCCCAGGUCCAGGCCUCCUGUGAGGGACUGCAUCAAAGCAACACCACGGCUCAGGAAGAGGCCUUCUACCAGCAACACAGAGCCAGCAAUAACCUAGCGUCAGGAAACGAUAUACCAGACAGCUACGGUCACAUGGAGCCCAGUGUGAAGCCCUUCUGGCAACUGGGGGGCGUGGCCUCCAGUUUCAUCAUGCUGAGGGAGUCCAAUGAGAGCACACUUUACAACAUGGCCCAGGUGGCCAACUUCACACAGCUGGAGACUGAGAAGGACCAGCUGAGGUUCAACUACCAUGUCCUGCUGCAUGAAAUGAUUUCCCAGGAGAUCAUCCACUGGAAGCUGCUAGUCACCUGGUCCCCAGCACAGGGAGUUCAAGUCCUGCAGACUGAGCUGCAGCCAAAGUGCCGCUGUGAGGCUCCUCCAAACACCACCAACUGAGAUGCACGGAGAAACACUCCAGAGCCUUACAAGUACUGCAGAGAAUACAACACGUCUCUUAGGACUUGAAUGAAGGGUAAAGCCACGUUCUACCUGCUUUGAAAAGCUGAGCUUUACUCUUCACACUUGGCUUUAGUAAUUAUGUUUCCCUUCACCACUAUUGCUUUAGAGGAGAGGAGAGGGCACACGUCCAUGGCCUUACUGCAGCUAUGCGAAUGCACUGCUUUUACUGUGUCAGCAUGUGAGACUCUUGGUAAGCUAUAACAAUGUGUUUCAACUUUUUGUUAAUGUACUCUAUUGAUGAAGCGAUGCGGGCCAAUAAAGCCGUCACGGUACAGAA